CCAUUUAUUAGUCGAAAAGUUAAGAACACCUGAUUUAUCUCAUUUUUUCUAUGCACAUUACAAUCUCACGCGCCGACGUAAACCCUAAUCUGAAUUUGAUUCAGCGAUUGCAAUCAAGAUUUCUUUCCAAAAUCAACCAAUUCGCGUUAUAUCUGCUUAGUACAUGAAUUUGUUGCUGGGGAUUGCGAAAUCCUGAACAAUGAGCAGCAGCAACACCGCCAAUAACAUGAGGCCGGAGGCGAGCGCGCUGGUGUCGCCGUACAGCUCACGGUCGGUAACGGAGACAGUGAACGGUUCGCACAAGUUUGUGAUCCAGGGGUACAGUCUUGCUAAGGGGAUGGGCGUUGGGAAGCACAUUGCAAGCGAUAAUUUCACGGUGGGCGGGUACCAGUGGGCGAUCUACUUCUAUCCCGACGGCAAGAAUCCAGAGGACAACUCCGCCUAUGUAUCAGUUUUCAUUGCUCUCGCCAGUGAGGGCACCGACGUCCGGGCGCUGUUUGAAUUGACGCUCCUCGACCAAAGCGGCAAAGGAAAGCACAAGGUUCACAGCCACUUUGAUCGGUCGCUCGAAAGCGGCCCUUACACCCUAAAGUAUCGUGGCAGCAUGUGGGGGUACAAGCGUUUUUUCCGUCGUGCUUUUCUUGAAACCUCAGACUAUUUGAAAGAUGAUUGCUUGAAGAUCAAUUGUACCGUUGGAGUUGUGGUUUCAGCAAUAGACUGUUCAAGAUUACGCAGAAUUCAGGUUCCGGAGUCUGAUAUAGGUGCGCAUUUUGGUAUGCUACUUGAAAAUAACGAAGGGUCAGAUGUUACUUUUGAUGUGGCUGGGGAAAAAUUUCAUGCUCAUAAGCUGGUGUUGGCUGCUCGGUCUCCUGUAUUACGGUCUGAAUUUUUGGAGAAAUUGGAGGAAAAUAAGGAGGAGAUUGUCAUUACUGACCUAGAACCAAAGGUUUUUAAGGCCAUGCUAUACUUCAUAUACCGAGAUAAUCUAACAGAAGAUGUGGAUGCAGUGACAUCUACCUCAACUUCUGUAUCUUCGCUAUCAGACUCUUUAACAGCAAAGUUGCUAGCAGCAGCAGAUAGGUAUGACUUGGAGAGGCUCAGAUUGGUGUGUGAGUCUCAUCUCUGCAAGGAUAUAUCUGUCAACUCUGUUGCCAAAAUUUUGGCCUUGGCAAACCAGUAUCAUGCUAAGGAACUAAAAGCUGUUUGCUUAAGAUUUGCGGCUGAAAAUCUUGCGGCGGUUAUGCGGUCAGACGGAUUUGAAUACCUUAGAGAGAAUUGCCCAUCACUGCAGUCUGAGCUCCUGAAGACCGUGGCCGGCUGUGAGGAGGAUUGCAGCAGCAGCGGUGGGAAAUCAAGGAGUGUCUGGGCACAACUUUCUGAUGGUGGUGAUAGUGGCAGGAAUGUUAGGCAAAGAACCUGAUGUGUGUGAGAAUUGCUGUCUUUGUAAAUGAAGGCCGAUUUCAACAAUGUUGUAUGCAAAAAUCUGUUGUAAAAUGUUGAGGACUAACGAUGUUUUUUAAUGGAAGAUACCGGCAUACAGAGUGAAAUGGUGAUGCUGUUAACUUGUUGCUUUUUCACUUAGCUGACGCUAUGCUUGGUUUCUUUGGUCACUAAUUGUGCUAUAGCCUAUAUCGAUGGACUCUUGUUGUACUGCAGCAUUGCUGACUACUCUUUCUUCUCCGGAGGACUGGGUUAAAGACAAAUCUUUUGCUCUUUUGCCUCAGUUUUUUCUCUUAAGGUAUCAUUGUAGUGCUAAUGACUAGUCUUUUAAGGCACAUGAAUGAGUAGAUCAUCCCUUUUGGAGUGUA